GUAUGAAAGGUCAGUGACUUUCUCUCUCUCUUUCUCCCACUUGUUCAAAAAUCAAUGAAACCAUUCUCUCUCUUUUGUUUGCUACUCUAGGGAAGAACAAGAAACUCUCCCAUAGUUAAAACCUUGAGAAACCCUGUUCUUUUCUUUUUAUUUUAUUUGCUUUUCUUGCUUCCUAUAAUAAUUGAAAACCCAUCCCACAUAAACCUUAACAGAAAGCAAGAUCAACAGAAAAAGAAAAUUUUUCCUGCAUGCCUGCCUUAUACGUUUUGUUGGGUGCAAGAAAAUUCACAUCCUUCACCAAACUCUCUCUUUCUCGCUUCAUUAUGCAUAUAUAGUACCUUGAUGAUCGAUGACUUCUCUUAUCUUCACUUACUUCUUGAUUGUGAAUUAGUAUAGUAUGUGCAGUUUCUUUGGCUUGGAAAUGGACAACUAUCAAGGUGAUUUAACAGAUAUAGUUAGAGCCAGCGCUGGAGCUUUAGGCCAAUCUGAUGCUCCUGUAUCCAACUGGGAAUUCCCAUCUAAACCGCUCAAUCUUUCUUUUUCUUCAUCAGCUGCUAUGGAGGAUAACAGGGAUAAUGUUUUUGGCGAUCCUUUCUGUAACAUGAGAGAUCCGCUUCUUCAUGAGCUCAACGUCGCCGCUACUUCUGGCUAUUUCAGCAGUCCAAAUUCUACAGAUCAUAUGCUUAGUUCUAGUCUUGAUGGUACUAGUAAUGAUUUUUCUGGUGCAAUUGCUAGUAAUAUUCUCGCGCAUAAAGUCUUUGACGAGGAGAUGGAUAAGAGUCCUUGUAAUAUAUUUUCAAGAAUUCAGAUCUCGCAGAACAAUCCCACCAAGUUGCCUGUUUCACCUUGUAAUUCUCCUGUUAUUGCAGCUGCUGCUGCUGCUUCUUCACCGAGAGGUUUUAAGGCUUCUUCUAUGGCUUCAAUCGACAUGAUUAAUACUAAUACUUCCAAAACUUGCUUGAUUGACAACGCUGGACCGGUGCAGAUCUCACCUCCAAGGAAUCUGGGUAUCAAGAGAAGGAAGAGCCAGGCAAAGAAGGUGGUUUGUAUUCCAGCACCAGCAGCUGCAAACAGCAGGCCUAGUGGAGAAGUAGUACCGUCAGAUUUAUGGGCAUGGAGAAAAUAUGGUCAGAAACCCAUCAAAGGUUCUCCUUACCCAAGGGGAUACUACAGAUGCAGCAGCUCGAAGGGUUGCUCAGCAAGGAAACAAGUGGAGCGUAGCCGAACUGAUCCCAACAUGUUGGUUAUCACCUAUACUUCUGAGCACAACCAUCCAUGGCCAACUCAGAGGAAUGCUCUUGCUGGGUCGACAAGGUCUCAGCCACCAAAGAACAAUGCUGGUGCUUCGAAGAGCUCCCUAAGUUGUCGAGCCCAAAAGACAGCAAAUACUGCGGAAGAAUAUAAGGAGAACAGUAAUGAUACAUUGUCUCCAACCAUGGUCGGCGGUAGCUCAACAGCAAGCGCGCCAGUAAAAGAAGAGGUUGAAGACAUUGAGAAGCAAAUGGAGAUUGAUGAUACUGAUCGAUUCAGCGAAGGGUUUCCUCAGAGUUACAGGCCUGCAAUGCCUGCAGAGUCUAACCAAUCUGAAGAUUUCUUUGCUGAUUUAGGAGAGAUAGAGGCCGACCCACUUGAUCUUUUAUUCAGCCAAGGAUUCACUGAAGAUGUACAGAAAGAAAACAAGGCUUUGGAUCCAUUCGGUCUCUUCGAUUGGUCAGGGGACACAAACACCAACAUUUCAUUUGGAGAAGCCAAUAGGGGUUUAUAACAAGACCUUAAAGAGCAAAAAUUAUUCCCCACUGCUAAUAAAAAAAAAAUGUAGUUAUAGUGGUGCAAUUAUGGUCCUGGUAUAAACCCUUGUCUAGCUUUGAAUUUCAUGUGGAGGGGGGGCUUUUUCAUUUCUUUUUCUUUCUAGUUUCUACCUGCUAUGAUUUUCUUGUUAAAUUUACCAAGAACGGUGAGGAAAUUAGGAAAGAAAGAUGAGUAAAAAAGAGUGAAAUAAAGAGAGUGCUGGUUGAUUGGGAGCAGACCCAAUGAGUCCCACGUUCCUUUUGGAAUAUUGGUGGACGGGACAGAAAGCUGAGGAACAGAAGGUUUCAACAGUUAGAACAAGUACAUCCAUCAGACAUGACUGGAAAGCUCAGAGACGAGUAGAGGUGAGAUUGAUACACAAUGAUGGGACUUGCCCUUUAAUCUUUUUCAAUUUCAAGUGGGAAAAAUCAUUCAUCAAGCACCCCCUCUUCCCUCUCUGCUCAUGUGGGCAGAAUUCUUUCAUUGCUUUUGAUGGGAAAUCAAAUGGCAAUAAAGCCAAGAAGAUGACAAAACAAAAACACAAAUACACAUUAAAAUUAUUAUGAUUAAAAAAAAAAACUCAGAAAUUGGCUUCUCUUUUCUUAUCAGUCAUCUUCUCUAGGGAUGUGCAAAGAGAGAAAGUGCUCUGUAUACAGACUUUGGGUUCCUCAGCUUUCUGUUUCUUUUAUUGUAUUGUCCACCAAUCUGCAACUUGUGUUUUCAUUCUCAGUUAUUUUACUCCAAGUGUUAGUUAUUAAAAAUGAUGGUUUUGUGCAACAAAAUUUUUCUAUCUGCAGACUUCUGUUAUCAUCUGCCACUUUUAUUUUGUCUUAUUAUAUAUUUUAGGAUUUACCCAUUUGUGCAUGUUUACUAUA